UAUAGCAAUCAAUGAAGAUUGUGCUGAAGGAUGGAUUGAGAAUGAAAGAUAUUGCUACUUUAUUCAAACUAAAACUGAAAAAUUUGAUGGUACAAAUUGGUGGGAUUCUUUCUUAUCAUGUCAGUAUAAAGGAGGGAAUUUGUUGAGUAUACAAAAUCAUGCUGAGUAUUUGUUUAUUCAAAAAAAACUUUUAGGUCAAAAAAACAAAACAAAUCAUUUUUUUUGGACUGGUCUCAGCAAUUUAUAUAACAGCAAAAAAUUUGUGUGGUCUGAUUACACACACUCCCAGUUCUUUUAUUGGAGAAAAAAUGUGUCUUAUAAUAACGUGGAAAAUCAGUUUUGUGUAGAAAUGAAUUCUGAUGGUUGGAACGCCAAUGGAUGUUACUUUCUGAAUGGAUUUAUUUGUAAAGCUCAAAAAGUUUUUUUAGAUCAUAUUAACCAUGAGCGAGAAAUUAUUCUAACACAAGGCUUAGUUCUUGGAACGCUUGGUGUUUUAAAAAAAGAAUAUACUAUUUCAUUUAAUUUGAAGCCAAUGAGCUACUCCAAAGGUGCAAAAAAUGUUCUUUAUUUAACCUUGACUGUUAACAGUGAAGUGUACGUGGAUAGAAACCCAGGCGUUUGGUUUCAUGAAGAUGGUUCCGGUAGACUUGUUAUUUAUGCUGCUGUUAGUGGUAAUAAUAACUCUUCUAUUAUAACUGAUUCACUUACCUUAGGCUUGUGGUCUAAUGUUAAAAUUUGUCAAUUCUUACUAUAUGGAAAACAUUGGUUUUCUGUUGAUAUUAACGGUAUCAAUGUUUAUCGAGGAGAAAAUUGUUUUGCUGCUGAUUUCAAAGACAUGAAAGUUUAUGUCUCAAGUCUCUGGAAUAAUUCACAAAACGGAUCACUAUCUGACUUUUUAAUUAUCAAUGGUAAAGCUGAAUAUAUUGUUGAAAGUAUUAACACAUCAUUAGUAAAGAAAAGGGUUGUGGCUGAGAUAUCAAAGUUAGAUAAAGAAUAUUUGUUUUCCUUUAAUUUUUAUCCAAUCGCAUUUAAAUCUGGACUGCAUAGCAUUAUUUAUUUCAAUAUUGCAGCUAAUGUUAUUAAUAAUGGAAAUGAUAUUGUUCUUGGCAUAUGGUUGGAUGAGUACGGUAGAGGAAGACUUAAAAUUUUGGCUUUAAUUAACAGAAAUUUAACUUCAUUUUAUUACCCAAUAAAGUUAAAUAUGUGGUCGAUUAUUGAAUUGUGUCAAAGUUUCAAUGGUUUAUUUUAUUUAUACACAAUCAGAAUAAAUGGAAAAGUUGUCUUUUCAAAUAUUAACAAUCAAGUUCAAAGUUUAGAUAAUAUUAAAGUAUAUGCUUCAAAUCCGUUUGACAAUGCCCAAUAUGGCCUAAUAAAAAGUUUUUUUCUUGUAAAUGGCAAUUUGCAUAAUGAAAUGGAAUCUGUCUAUAUUCCUAACAAAGUUUACUUAGAUCAUAUCAAUCAUGGACAAGAAAUUUUUCUAACGCAAGGUUUAUAUAUUGGAACACUAAGAAUUUUAAGAAAAGAAUACACUAUUUCAUUUAAUUUGAAGCCAAUGAGUUACUCCAAAGGUGUAAAAAGUGUUUUUCACUUGACCUCGGAUGAUGCUAAUAAUCUUUACGGUAGUAAAGGUCUUGUUAUUUUGUUUCAUGAAGAUGGUUCUGGAAGACUUGUAAUUAAUGCUGCUAUAAGUGGUAAUAGUAGUUACACUGUUAUAACAAAUCCACUUAGCUUGUGGGUAUGGUCUAAUAUAAAAAUAUGUCAAUGGUCACUGUAUGGUAAAUAUUCAUUUACUAUUGAUAUAAAUGGUGUCAAUAUUCAUCAAACUGAAAAUUUGUUGGCUGUUGACUUUAACAGGAUGAAAGUUUAUGUCUCUGAUAUCUGGGAUGAGGCACAAAAUGGAACAAUAUCUGACAUUCUAGUUGUUAAUAGAAAAGCUGAAUACAUUGUUAAAAGUAUUAACACGCCAUUGGUAAAAGGAAAAUUUCUUGCUCAGAUACCAAAGUUAGAUAAAGAAUAUUUAGUGUCUAUUGAUCUUAAUCCAAUAAUCUUCCAGUAUGGACUACAUAAUGUUAUUUAUUUCGUUGUUGAGUCCAAUGCUUUUAACAACAGAAGUGAAAUUCUUGGCAUUUGGUUAGAUGAAAAUGGUAAAGAAAGACUUAAAAUAGUGGCUUUAAUUAACAAAAACCUAACUUCAUUUUAUUAUCCAAUAGAGAUAAAUAUGUGGUCAAAAAUUGAAUUGUCUCAAGGAUUUAAUGGGUUUUUCUAUUUGUACACAAUUAGAAUGAAUGGAAAACUUGUAUUUUCUAGUAUUAACAAUCAUGUUCAAAGUUUUGAUAUUGUUAAAGUGUACGCAUCAAAUUCAUGGGACAAUGUUCAAAAAGCUAUAAUAAAAAAUUUUUUUGUCAUUAAUGGCAAUUUGUAUGAUGCUGCUGAUUUUAUUGCUAUUCAUCCAAAAGAUUAUAUUAACUUAAGUGAAGAGUAUGCUUUAACUGGAGGUUUAAUACUCGGGACCCUAAAUGUUUUAAAAAAAGAGUACACUAUCUCAUUUAAUUUGAAGCCAAUGAAUUAUUCCAAAGGUGUACAAAGUGUUAUUCAUUUGACAUCAGAUAAUGUUAGGAAUCUUUAUGGUAAUAGAAACCUUGGUGUUUGGUUUCAUGAUGAUGGUUCUGGGAGACUUGUUAUUUAUGCUGCUAUUAAUGUUGAUAUAAAUCGUGUCAAUAUUCAUCGAGUUGAAAACUCUUUGGCUGCUAAUAUCGAAGAGAUGAAAGUUUAUGCCUCGAAUAAAUGGGAUCCUCCACACAAUGGGUUUAUCUCUGAAUUAUUGAUUAUCAAUGGAAAAGCUGAAUACAUUGUUGACAACUUCGUUACUCCAUUAGCAAAAGGAAAAAUGGUUGCUGAAAUUCCAGUCCUAGAUAAAGAGUUCUUUGUUUCACUAGACUUCAAUCCAUUUAAGUUUGAUUUUGGUUCACAUAAUGUUAUUCAUUUCACUAUUGGUUCUGAUCAUUCUAAUUAUGGAGAUAAAACACCAGGAAUUUGGUCAAAUGCACAAGGUACUGGCGUACUUGACAUAGCAUCUUCAAUUAAUGGAUAUUUGGAUGUGCAUACUUUUUCAACAGAUGUAUUUGAAAUUAAUCAGUGGUCAAACAUUGUAAUAUGUCAAGUUUUCAAUGGGUUGUUUUAUAUAUACAAAAUCAGAAUAAAUGAACAAACUGUCUUUUCUAUAAUAAACAACCAAGCUGAAAGCUUUGAUAAUGUCAAAGUAUAUGCUUCAAAUCCAUGGGCAGAUGUUCAAAACGGUUCAAUAAAAAACUUGUUUGUUGUUAAUGGGAAUUCAACUAAAGAAAUGAAGCCAAUUGUAAUUAAUCCUAAAGUGCCUUCACAUUCACUUCCUGGCAACAAUAAAGCAUUAGUUUUCUCCAUAUUAGUACCUGUUUUAGUUGUUUUACUUAUGGUUGCUAUAGCUGUGUUAAAGAUUCAAUAUAAAAAAUUCAAAAAGACUCCUGGUCCUUGCGCUAUUGAAUGUUCUACUGGGUGUGAUAACUUAGCAGCAGAUGAAUGGGAGAUUUUUCCUGAAGACUUAGUUUUAGACAAGAAAAUUGGUGAAGGAGCAUUUGGAACAGUUUUUAUUGCAAAAAUUAGUUCAACAGCUCUCAGUAAAAUGAAAAACACAAAACAAAGAUCAGACUUUUUAGCCAUCAAGGAUAAUUCUGGCACUAAUGUUGCAGUUAAACUUGUAAAAGAUUAUGCAGACCAAUCAGAAAUCAAUGAUUUUUUUGAAGAAAUGAAUUUGAUGAAAGGAAUUGGAUACCACAAAAAUAUUGUAAAUUUGAUUGGCUGUUCAACAAUUAAGAAACCGCUGUGCCUAAUUGUUGAGUAUAUGGAAAAUGGUGAUCUGUUGAACUUCUUAAGAAAAAAACGAAGCAAACUUUGUUUGUCAAAAAGAGAAUCAAGUGUUCGAGAAUCGAGCUUUAUGUCAAAAAAAGAAAAAAAAAGCUUUAUGUACACACAAAGAUAUCAACAAUCUCUAGAGACAACAUCAAAUGACAAUUUUUGUUUGUCGUUUAUGCCGAAUGAUAUUCCUUUAGAAGAAAUUGAAAAAGAAAUUGAAAUAACGCCUGAUGAUUUGCUUAGUUUUGCGUGGCAAGUGGUUUCUGGAAUGGAAUAUCUUUCAUGUUCCAAAUUGGUUCAUCGAGAUCUGGCUGCAAGAAAUAUUUUGGUUGGAACUGGAAGAGUAGUCAAAAUUUCUGAUUUUGGUCUAACUCGAAAAAUUAAUGACGAAUUAAACUACCUGAGCAAAAAAAAUCGUCGUUUACCAGUCAAGUGGAUGUCUGUUGAGGCCAUAUUUGACCAGAUGUUUACAUCAUACAGUGAUGUUUGGGCAUUUGGCGUUGUUUUGUUUGAAAUCGUUACUUUAGGAGGUACACCUUAUCCUACUAUAAGUAACCGUGAACUUCUCUCUCUUUUAAAAUCUGGAUAUAGAAUGGACAAACCUGAAAAUUGUUCUGAAGAAAUGUACAAUAUUAUGUUGCAGUGUUGGAAUGAGGAUCCACUACAACGUCCUACUUUUACAACACUACGUGAGCAUUUUGAUGGAAUAAUAUCUCAUGGUGAUAGUUAUUUCAAUUUUGAAAUAGACUCAAAUACAUAUCACCAUGCCGCCUCGUUUAAAAGUAUCCCGUUUGAAACACACUAUGACACAGUUGUAGAGGAUAUCUUUCAAAAACCUGUUCUAUUGGAGCAAACUAAUGAAAUUAAUAUAAGCAAAAAUGCAGUUUCUCCACUUGAAAGCAGACCUGCAAAUCCAGAAUCUGCAAAAUCUCAAGUAAAAUCGAUUUCAUCAACAUUUGAUGAAACAACUGAGUGUUAAAAACACUUUAAAAACAAUAAGUAACAAGUUUAAGUAACAAGCGUUGUUUUUUUAAAUGAUUUUAUAAAUCAAUAAGUAUAAAACAUUUUUGUUGCAGUUAUUUA